AUGGCGCCUGCCCUCGCCUCUGACCCUGUGUCGCAGGCCGAUACACCUAUGACUGAUGGAAAUGACGACACGGUCCCUUUGGUGCCCGUGGAUAGCGCCGACGCGCAGACGAGCUACCAGGACACCCCAGACUACACUGACUCCGACACGAACCCAAAUACCACAGCGAGCAGUAUUGCCGGCGAUAUGGAUGGCCGCCGGCGCAGAUCCGAGGCGAACCACUUGAGAAAAAGCAUUUUGGGCAAGAAGCAUGGCCGUCUAGAUGAAUCGAAGGAGAAUGACUCGAUUCGCCGAUUCCGAUACCUUCUCGGUCUCACUGACCUGUUUCGCCACUUCAUCGAGACCAAUCCCAACCCACAUAUCAAGGAAAUUAUGACAGAGAUUGAUCGCCAAAAUGCAGACAGUGAAGAGAAGGCCCGUAAGGGAUCUUCGCGCUCAGGGGGUGCUGGUGGUGAGCGCCGCCGCCGGACGGAACAAGAGGAAGACGCCGAGCUUCUCAGAGAUGAAAGACGUGGUGGAGAUACAACUACUGUUUUCCGAGAGUCCCCCGCUUUCGUUCAUGGUGAGCUACGUGAUUACCAGAUCGCCGGCUUGAACUGGCUUGUUUCGCUCCACGAGAACGGUAUUUCGGGUAUCCUGGCUGAUGAGAUGGGUCUCGGAAAGACACUACAAACCAUUUCUUUCUUGGGUUAUCUGCGCUUUGUCUGUGAAAUUACUGGUCCUCACUUAGUGGUUGUACCGAAGUCAACCCUCGACAACUGGAAGCGAGAAUUCGCACGGUGGAUCCCUGACAUUCAGAUUCUUGUGCUCCAAGGCAACAAAGAGGAGCGCCAGCGUUUGAUCAACGAGGAGUUGCUCGAGGAGAACUUUGACGUGUGCAUCACGAGUUAUGAAAUGAUUCUUCGUGAGAAGUCGCAUUUGAAGAAGUUCGCCUGGGAGUACAUCAUUAUCGAUGAGGCGCAUCGGAUUAAGAACGAAGAAUCAUCUUUGUCGCAAAUCAUCCGUCUUUUCAACUCGCGCAACCGGCUGCUGAUCACCGGUACUCCGCUGCAAAAUAACCUUCAUGAACUGUGGGCCCUGCUCAAUUUCCUUCUGCCGGAUGUCUUCGGUGACUCCGAGGCAUUCGACCAAUGGUUCUCCAACCAGGAGUCCGAUCAGGACACUGUGAUUCAACAACUCCACCGUGUCCUCCGUCCUUUCUUGCUCCGCCGAGUCAAGAGUGAUGUCGAAAAGAGCUUGCUGCCGAAGAAGGAACUCAAUCUCUAUGUUCCUAUGUCUGAGAUGCAAGUGAAGUGGUACCAAAAGAUUUUGGAGAAGGAUAUCGACGCAGUCAACGGUGCUGCAGGAAAACGCGAGUCCAAGACCCGCCUGUUGAACAUCGUCAUGCAAUUGCGCAAGUGUUGCAACCACCCUUAUCUGUUCGAAGGAGCUGAGCCUGGCCCUCCGUACACCACUGAUGAACACCUUGUUUUCAACUCUGGAAAGAUGGCAAUCUUGGACAAGCUCCUGAAGCGCAUGCAAGCAGAUGGUAGUCGUGUGCUUAUCUUCUCCCAGAUGAGUCGUGUACUGGAUAUCCUGGAAGAUUACUGUGUGUUCCGAGACUACAACUACUGCCGUAUCGAUGGUACCACGGCGCACGAGGACCGUAUCGCUGCUAUUGAUGACUACAACAAGCCAGGAUCAGACAAGUUCGUUUUCCUUCUCACCACCCGAGCAGGCGGUCUUGGUAUUAACCUGACCUCGGCCGACAUUGUGGUGCUCUUCGACAGUGAUUGGAACCCCCAGGCCGAUUUGCAGGCCAUGGACCGAGCACACCGCAUUGGUCAGACUAAGCAAGUCAAGGUAUUCCGAUUCGUCACGGAGAAUGCCAUCGAAGAGAAGGUUCUCGAACGCGCAGCACAGAAACUGCGUUUGGAUCAACUUGUCAUUCAGCAAGGUCGGGCUCAGCAACAAGCCAGCAAAGCCACUUCCAAAGAUGAUCUUCUUGGUAUGAUUCAACAUGGUGCUGCCAACGUCUUCGGCGCCAAGACUACCGGCAGUGCAAACGAAGUCUCUGAAGAUGACAUCGAGACUAUCUUGCGCAAGGGAGAGGAGCGAACUGCGGAGCUGAGCAAGAAGUACGAAACGCUCGGUAUUGAUGAUUUGCAGAAGUUUUCGUCUGAGAGUGCCUAUGAAUGGAACGGAAAGGAUUUCACCGAGCGCAAGAAGGAUAUUGGCGUCAGCUGGAUCAAUCCUGCCAAGCGUGAGCGCAAGGAACAAUUCUACUCGAUCGACAAGUAUUACCGUCAGGCUUUGGCCACUGGAGGCCGAACCGCCGACACAAGGCCCAAGGUCCCGCGAGCUCCCAAGCAAAUCACCGUUCAUGACUGGCAAUUCUUCCCACCUGGUCUUUCGGAUCUCCAAGAUAAAGAGACCGCUUGGUUCCACAAGGAGAUUGGAUACAAGGCUCAACUUCCCGAUACAACUGCCGGAGGCUCUACGGAGCUCAGCGACCGGGAGGCUGACCAAGCUCUUGAGCAACACGCUAUCGACAAUGCUGUCCCACUUACCGAGGAGGAGCAAGAGCAGAAAGCUCGCAUGUCCGAGGAGGGCUUUGCAAACUGGAACCGACGUGAUUUCCAACAAUUUGUCAAUGGGUCUGCCAAAUUCGGUCGCACCGACUACGUGGGUAUUGCUACUGAGAUCGACAGCAAGGAGCCAGAUGAAAUUAAAGAGUACGCCGAAGUCUUCUGGCGCCGGUACACUGAGAUCAACGACUACACCAAGUACCUUCGAGUCAUCGAUCAAGGUGAGGAAAAGCUGCGCAAGAUGAACCACCAGCGGAAGAUGCUACGCAAGAAGCUAGAGAUGUACCGCGUGCCCCUUCAGCAGCUCAAGAUCAACUACACUGUGUCUACCACCAACAAGAAGGUCUACACCGAAGAAGAGGACCGAUUCCUAUUGGUCAUGUUGGACAAGUACGGUGUUGAGGGCGAGGGUCUGUAUGAGAAGAUCCGUGAAGAGAUCCGUGAAUCGCCUCUGUUCCGUUUCGAUUGGUUCUUCCUCAGCCGUACGCCCGUGGAGGUCGGUCGUCGCUGCACCACCUUGUUGAAUACUGUUGCGAAGGAGUUCGAAACCAACGGCGACGGCAAGAGCCGCGGUCGUGAUCGUGAAGAGGACGAGGAAGUUGAAGAUGCUGCGCCUGCUAAGAAGAAGGUUAAGAAUGGAGCUGCUCAAAACAAGCAAGUCAAGGCUACCAAGGGUGGGAAGACUGGCUCUAACACAAGCUCCCGUGCCAGCACUACAGCGCCUAAGUCUAAGGGUCGGAAAAGGUAA